GCGACCUGAAAUCUCGGCACGGCACGCCAUGGAUUCACCAGGCACGAGUGCCUCGCCACAUCGGGGACCUGUCCAACGACGGAGUCGCGCGGGAAGCAACGCGUCAGAUUCCUAUCACUUGGUGGAAGUGGGCAGCAAAAAUGGCCGCUCCAACCAGGGGUCUCCUGACCUCACCAUGAAGCCGGCACCGGAUCAUGCAGGUGGACCUUGGAGCCUGGAUUGGCACAAAGGAAAGCCUCGAGAGAGGUGGGCAGAACAGAUGGACAGAGAAGAGUCGCCGGCCACUUCGGUGGCCAAAGGUGGAGGCGAUGCCACGGAGGGCUUUGAUCCACAGCACUUCUUGGGUGAAUGGUUGGAUAACCUGGGCCACAAGAUCGUGGUGAGCAGUGUUUCCGAACGCCUGGGGCGGAACCAGCGACCGGGCCGUGCGCCGCCACGGUUGGCCUUCACCGCGAAUCUGCAGAAAGUUGGGGUGCCAGACAAACGCUUUAGAAUCUCCCUUGACAAGUGGCAGCAGUGGCGUUGUGGGAAUGGCACACUGGUGCCUGAGGAGAGCAACCAGGAGUUCUUGACCUGGGAGGCGGAAGAUGGACGAGUAAGCAACUGGGAGCGUCCGGUUCCAGAAGGACCUGUGUAUUUUGAUGCUCCUCCAGAUUGGAACGACAACGAAUGGGGGCCAAUGCCAGAUGUUGGCUACGGCCAAUGGGUGGCCAUUGAUGUCACCGAGAUGAGUCAGGCCUGGAACUUCAAUCCCCAGGCAACCGAGUUCAAUCCCAAUGCCUCAGAGUUUGUGCCCUCCGCCGUGCCAGAGCCCCGUUCCGCCGUGCCCCGCCGGGCCUAUGCCUCGCCGAAGGGCACUCCGGUGGUAUCUCCAGCUAUCGUUCCAGGAUGGGGUCGCACACCGACCCCUUCGCCCAUGGUCCGACCGGUGGCGGCACCAAUGCUGCAGGGCCUUCCAGAUUUGAGCGAUGCAGAUUUUGCAUUGCCCGCAUCCAUCGAGUUGCAGUUGGUGGAAGAAGGCUCAGACGCAGCUCGCGCGCUGGUCUCGGGAUCCCGCUUUGAUUGGACGGUCUCGGAGCCCUGGAGAGAACUCUGCACGUUUCCCAAGGACUCCUGCGUCAUGUCACCCACUUUCGGCAUCCAGGAUGGUCAUAUGCAACUGUCGUUCUACCCCAAUGGGAGUCGUGAAGCAGAGCCUGGACAUUGCUCUGUGGCCCUUUCGAGAGGACCAGAUUGUCCUGGAAUCAAGUUUGAGUUUUUGAUCAAUGGCCGCUCGACGGGUCCAAAGGUGUGCCUGGGACGACGCUACCUAGGUGAUUACAUCAAGCCCUUUGAGGAUGAGGGAAACACAUCCCAUGUGGUUGUGUCCAUGAAUGUGCUGGAAAUUAUUCAGGGCAGGUGAGAGCACGGCAUUCCAGGCACCGCAAAAGUUCGGACCCAGAGAAGAACGUACCCCAUGCCACAUGAAGAUGGAACCGCA